AAUUUUUCAGAUACUUUUUCCUGUCUAUCAAAAUCUACAACGCAACGAUCAUUGAUCAGUUCGUGCACAUCGUUGGCGGAAUAAAGUGAUUGCGGGUGUACAUAUUACUACCAGAUCGGUAUUCAAGUUUAAUGAAUUUGAACAAGUGUUUGUGACUUAUGCGAGGAUACCUACAUGAUUUUGUUGCGCAUUAAUGUCUAUUGAUCUUGCAUCGGUAUCUACGAACUAGGAUAAGUGCUUUGCAUCAAUUUUUGUUUCGGUUUCAAGUGUGAAUAAAAAAUACCUAAUCGAUUGCAGUUAUCUGUCUUUCAUAUUUAGUCAUUGUCAUUUUGUUUAUUAUUGUUUAUACCUACCAUUGUGAAUAUGAAUAGUGUCUUAUCUUAUUUUGGUUUAAUUGAUGAAGGCUAUUCAGAUAUUUUAAAGCAAGUUUUUAAAUUGAAGAUGUUUAAUUGAAGCUUGACCAACACACACCUAAUUACCAAUGAAAUAUUUUAAUUGUUAAUUUGAGAAAAAAUAAAAUUGGAAUCGAAUUGUGGAAAAAAAAUUAUAAGUGCAAGAGUCUUACAUUUUUUUGGAUUAUAACAGUGAGAGGCAGAUUCAUAUACAUUUCAAGAGAUGUUGCUGCAAUGGAUUAUGCUCCAAUGCAAGUAAUUAAUCCACCACUACAGGACAUAAUCACAAGAAAGUCAAGAGCUUCGAACGAGAUUCACCAUUUAUCACACGAUCAGAAUUUAGAUACUGAGAUAAUGGUGACUAAAGAGAAUGGCCAGACCUUGUUUAUAGGUGUCCUGUCACAUCAGGAAGUCGCAGAGGACUCUGACAUGGAUCCCAAGAGUAAUCAUGUGAUGAUGAGUGAAUGUGUUAAGACUGAAGCUGGAAUCGAAACAAAAAUAAAAUUGAAUUUUAGUGUAGAUAGACUAUUAAGUGCAAAUUGUGGAGAAACUACUAAUACAAUUGAUCUGAACCAAAGGAUUGUGAUAAGUUCAAAUAAUAACAACUGCUGUGGAGCCAGCAGCAUCUCGAAAUCUGCACAGUAUGAUUGUUGUCAAUAUUAUGUAGAUGAUCAUAGCACUCUACCGAGGAACUAUUAUUCACAAAAGCAUAUGCAAGUCAGUCGAAAUCAUCAGGAGAGAAAUGUUAAUUUUCCCCCUAAUAUGGAUAUUAAGUCAAUUAUUAGACCAACGCCAAUACGAGCGUUGAAUAAUGGAACAGAUGAAGUUCUAUCGUACUCAUCAAUGACCUCUUCUUUACUAAAAUUCCAACAACACCCGCAACCACCAGUAACAUCAAUCACAGCGUUGUCUUCACUUAUGGCGCCUUUCAGUGGUUUGAAAUCAUUGCAAAUCAGUCAGCAACAUUUCCGUCAGCAGUCUAAUAUUCAGGCGGUUUCCAAAUCCUUAGACAUUCCACGUACAACCGCAAUACCAAAUGGAAGUGGAAAUGCAUCUGGUUCAACUGGAACAACUGUGUCAUCGGGAGUUAUAGCAAAUAGUGGAAAGCGAAAACGAUCUUGGUCCAGGGCAGUUUUUAGUAACUUACAACGCAAAGGCUUAGAGAUACAGUUUCAGCAGCAGAAGUACAUAACCAAGCCUGAUCGAAGAAAGCUGGCAGCUAGACUCAACUUGACCGAUGCACAGGUCAAAGUUUGGUUCCAAAAUCGUAGAAUGAAAUGGCGACAUACAAGAGAAAAUCUUAAAAGUGGUCAAGAAAAACCUGUGCUUUCCCAAAAUACACAAUCAUCAAAUCCAAAUUCUCCUGGUGGAGCAAAUAAUUUGUCCAGAGUGGAAAAAAAAUGUUACACUUCCUCCAGCGAGAGUGAUGAAGACGAAAUAGAUGUCGUAGAAUAAUAUAAAUUUAAAUGAAUGUUUUAUUAGCUAGAUAAUUUUUUUUAUUUAUUUAUUUUGCAUGCAAUAUUCCAUUGGGGGUGGUGGUCUACUAAUAGUAUAGAUGUUUUGGUUAAUCUAGUACUAUCAUCUACUCAUACUCCUCUUCCCGAGUAGAUAGGAUUUGUAUUGAAUUCGAUGAAAAUGCGUUCCAUUGAAAAUCGCUAGUAAACUACUAGUAGUACUUUGCCACCUCCCAAAGGAACAGGGCUAAUUUCUUUGAAUGUUUUUUGUCAAUACAUUCGAAUAGUUUAUAUAAAACUGUACAAUUAUGAUGCUUAUUAUUUAUUUUUAUUUAAGAAAACUGAACUAAAAUUUAUUUAAGGGCCACAGCCGUAGCCAGAGUUGAAUUUAAGGUAGGUGCAUUGGAUCAUAACGGUAGGUUGGAACUUGGAAGUAGUAUUUGUAAUUGAUUUGGUUUGGAGUGGUGUGGUUAUACAACUUUUCCACAUAGUGUACAGGAGGAUACAGCUGCUGCCCAUCAGCACAACCACAAUCCA